CCACAGGAACCAGGAAGGAGACAAAGCUGCCAGCUCCUGCAUCCUCUCAGACUGAAGACACCCAGCAGGAGAGCAGCCGAGAGGUGUGAGUACUCUGAUUUCCUGGGUUCUCGCGCGGCUCUUGAACGCCCCCGGUGUGCAGAUGUUGUGGGUGUGGAGAAGUUGUUGAACCUCCUGGGAAUGUGAUGUCAGUGAAGCAGCCGCCGCUUCACGCCGCUUGACCUCGAAUCCAUUAAGAAAAAGUUCCUGUCGGUGCUGUUUCCACAGGACGAUGGAGCCGUGCAUGCUGAGGCCAGAGGUCAAGAAGAAACCUAAGCUGCCUAAACCUCCACCGAAGCCCAGUGAGAUUAAGAGAAGUGACCCAGAGAACCCGACUCCUGUGGUUCCUCCUCGACCUUCAGCCGCUGAACUUUCUCAGACACAAUUCAGAACACACAGAACAGCAGCAAUAAACAAUGAGGAUGAUGGGAGAAGAGACAGAAAAGAGAAGUCGUCUGAAUCUCCUGUGGCUGCACCUCGACGCAGAGAAAAGGAACUGGACACAACAAGCGGCAGCCAGCGCAGGAGGACACACAUUGAGGACGCGCAGAGAGACACUAACAAACCAGCAGCUGCUAAAGAUGAAGCAGAUUUCAAACAGAACAACCCUCCGGUCCUGACGGGAAUGUUCCAACGGAGCCAGAAAGAGAAAUCCUCCAAUUUCACUAGUUAUCUGGACGACUGUGACAAGGAGGAAACAAGCGUUGACGUCACGGCCAAACAGGCUCCCGGCAGCAAACCGGGCGUUCUGAAGGGAGUAAUGAAAGGUUUGCAAUUCAAGUCGUCACCUAAGGUCAGCAGAGAUCAGAGUCCAGGUCCCGGCUCAGAGGACGGAGACGCAGAAAAAGAACAAACUUCAGAAAAAGAGAAACACAAGCCGGAGAAAAACACAGAAUCCAAACAGGACAAAGGAAGUCUGCUCACUGGGAUGUUCCGCAAAACACCCAAAGAGAAGUUAUAUCCUUCCCUGUCGCAGGUCAGUAAAACAGAGAGUGAUUGUGAAGAGGGGGAGGAGAAGUCAUCUGAGCAGCCUCAGGAGAAGGGAGGCCUCUUCUCUGGAAUCUUUAAAAAACCAGACAAACCAGCAGAUGAGACUCCUGCUCAGGAGAAUCUGAGCGCUCACAGUGAUCUGUCAGCGAGCAGCGACAGUUUGUCUGAGAACCACAAGGAAAAAGGAGGAAUCUUCAGCGGGAUGUUCAAGAAAAGUCAGAAACGAGCAGAAGAAGCUCAGACCGACGAGGAUCAACGUGACGAGGAGUCGGGCAGCAGCGAUGAUCUGUCUGAAGCCUCCAAGCAGGACAAAGGAGGGUUUUUCAGCGGGAUUCUCCGGAAGCCUCACAAGGUUCCUGCCGAGGGAACAUCUGGGCAGGAGAAUCUGUCGGAACAGAAACAUCUGUCAGCGAGCAGCGACAGCCUGUCGGAGGCGUCCGGCACAAAGGAGAAGGGGGGUGCGUUCAGUGGAUUAUUCAAGAAGCCGCUGAAACCUGCAGACGCUCCCACAGAGAAAGAGAAGGACUCGCUGCAGCCUGAGCUCACCGGCAGCAGCGAGAGUCUGUCUGAGAGCAGCAGCACUAAAGAGAAAGGAAACGUUUUCAGUGGAAUGUUCAAGAAAUCUCCCAAAUUGUCCGAAGGGCCUCGACUGAAGGAGGCCGCGGAGCCGCUGCACGGUGAACUCUCCGCCAGCAGCGACAGCCUGUCGGACAACAAGGAGAAAGGUGGUUUGUUCAGUGGACUCCUCAGGAAAACUCCCAAAGCAACCGGAGAGGAGAAUCUGUCGGCACAGAAACAUCUGUCAGCGAGCAGCGACAGCCUGUCGGAGGCGCCCGGCACAAAGGAGAAGGGGGGUGCGUUCGGGGGAAUAUUCAAGAAGUCGUCCAAACCUGCAGAUGGAGCGUCUGCAGAGAAACAGGACACUGAGGCGACCGGCAGCAGUGAAGCUCCGUCUGAGAACAACACCAAGGAAAAAGUUGGAAUAUUUGGUGGAAUAUUCAAAAAGCCGACCAAAGCUGCAGAAGCUGCUCAGUCUGAGGAGGACCGACCUCCUGAGCUCUCAGGCAGCAGUGAGAGUCUCUCUGAGAACAAGCAGGAGAAAGGUUCCGGUCUGUUCGGCCAUCUCCUCAAGAAGACUCCCAAAGCCUCGGGAGAGAAGUCCGAGUCUCCGGAAAGAGAAGAGAGCGAGAUGUCGAGCAGCAGCGAGGACCUGACGGAGAAGAGCUCCACCAAGGAGAAAAAUAUUUUCAGCAACAUGUUUAAGAAGCAGCAGAAACCAGCAGAGGGCGCUGCAGCAGAGAAGGAGCAGGAAGGAAAAGGUGGAGAAGAGUUUUCUGGAAGCUGUGAGAAUCUGACGGACACGAGCGUCCAGAAGGAGAAGAAAGGAGGCCUCGGUGGAAUAUUCAAAAGAUCCUCGAGCAUCGACAACCUGUUCGAUGAGGAGAAAGGUGGACUUUUCAGCGGCCUCCUCAAGAAAACACCCAAAGCGCCAGGAGAGGAAGCGGAGGACAGAGACGAGAGGAAGGAGCUGACAGCGAGUAACGACAGUUUGUCCGAGAACACGAACACAAAGGAGAAAAGUAUUUUCAGUGGGAUGUUUAAGAAAACUCCAAAAGCAGCAGAGGGAGCCGCAGACGAGGACUCAAACUCCGGUGAAGAUAAGAAUUUAUCAGCCAGCACUGAAAACCUCUUAGAAGCAAACAAAGCGAAGGAGAAAAGUGGAGGACUUGCAGGGAUCUUCAAAAAAUCCCCCAAACCGGCUCAUCGCUCUGUGGCCGUGAAGGAUCCGCUCAGGGACUCAAAGGGCCUGUCCUCCAGCAGGGACUCUCUCACAGAUGCUGGCGAGGAGGAUCAGCGUGAGACGUCUGCCAGCACCGAGAACCUGACUGAAGCUUCAAGCAACACGAAGGAGACUAAAGGAGGAUUUUCUGGGAUGUUCAGGAGGACGCCGAAAAUUCUGGAGCCACAGGAGAGCGUGGACAUGGAGGCUCCACAGGGAGGAGGGCUGAGACGCAGGAGGACGAUCAAGAAGAAAAGACGAGUUGUGUCUUUCAGAAUCAAGAAAACUCUUCCUAAGAUGCCAAAGAUUUCACAGUCGUCAGAUAAGAUGCCCAUCAUCGGGGAGAUCGUGGAGAUGCAGGAGCUGAACUCGGAACCGGAGAGCACAGUGGAGGUCCAGCCUGCGGUGAUGGCAGCGUACCCGACAGAGGGCGACCCCCCUCAGCCCGAGCCGGAGAUCGAUGAACUGACAGAGUGGUGGAACACAGUGAAAGGUUGGGCCGAGUGGAGCGAGAUCGCUAACUUCCAGCCGGAGGAUGGAGAAAUGGCUCUGGAGCAGGCGGCCGAUCGUGUCUACAUGGCCGCUCGUCUCUUCGUGCGUCUCUUCAACAAGCGGGGGGGGUCCUUACAGGGACGCAUCCUGGAGCUCCUGUCCCUGGCCGACGCCGCCGAUGAGUUCCACAGGAAGACGGUGUCGGCGGCGGUGGGCGGCGGCGUGGCCAGCGUCUGCGGCAGCAUAGCCACGAUCACGGGGCUGAUUCUGGCUCCCUUCACAUUCGGCGCCUCCAUCAUCGUCACGGCGGUGGGGAUAGGCGUGGCCACGGCGGGCAGCAUCACCUCGGCCACGGCCAACAUCACGGACGCGGUUCACUCCAACACGGACCGAAAGAAGCUGGAGAAGAUGAUCAAGGACUACCAGGAGGAGAUCACAGACAUCAGGGAGUGCAUGGAGUUUGUGCAGGAAGGUAUGAACACCCUCGAGGAGUGGGACUUUGAAAAGUAUUCUCAGAGCGCUGCCAAAAAGGCGCUGAACCACAACAUCAAGCAUGUGAUGAAGGAGGGCGGCCGCGCUGGGAAGGCCUUGAUGAUCAACACCGACAAGCUCAUCAGCACCGUGCAGAUUCUGGGCGCGGCAGGCGGCGCCGCCAAAGCUGCCCAGGCCAUCAGCGUGACCACGGGGGUGAUGUCGGCCCUCUUCCUGGCUCUGGACGUGUUCUUCCUCGCCAAGGACUCCCGCGAGCUCCACAAAGGCGCCAAAACCAAAUUCGCCACCAAGAUCAGGGAGGUUUGUAAAGACCUCCAGGGCGGCCUCCUGGAGCUCAACAAGGUCAAGACGCAGCUUCAGAAAACCAUGGACGGCAUCGAGUUGGAGGAGUACGAGGAGAUCGAGGAGGUGGAGGUGGAGGUCGACGAAGAUUAUGAGUCGGAUCCGAAGAAGCUGGCCGAGCUGGAGCAGGAGCUGGACCUCAUGGAGGAGAAACUGGACAAGAAGUUCGAGGAGGUGCAGAAGGAAACUCUGCAAAGCCAGAAGGAGGAGAAGAGCGUGAAGAGAAAAGAGGAUCCAGAGAAUAAAGACCAAAAGGAGAAGAAUGAGGAGGAGACAGGGGAAGAUGACUCAAAGGAGGAGGGAAAGAAGGAAAGUGAGAUGGAAAAGGAUGAAGAAAACCAAACCGAGUCCAAAGUGGUGAAGCAACCUGAGAAGGAGAAGGAGAAGAAAAAUGAGAAAAUUGCCAAAGCAGCUAAAGAGGAAGUCUUAAAGGAAGAAUCUCAGAAAGGAAGAAAAAAAGACAAGGAAAUGGAAAACCGGAUAACGGCUGUGAAAGGGAUUUAUGAGACCAAGCGAGACAAGACAAAAGAAGAGAAACUGAAACGGGAGGAAGCUGAGAAGAGACCGGACGAUUCAAAACGAGAGGACCGGAGCGGAAAGACGAGUUCAGAGAGAGUCCGGGCGGAGAGAGAGAGUCAGAGAACAAAGAGCAGCAGAGAGGAGGAAAGAGGGAUGAGGCAAGAGGGGGAAACAGCGGGCAAAGAGAAGGAGGAGGAAAGUGGGAGCACGAGGAGGCACAGCAGCAGGAGCAAGCAGGAGGGAGAGAGACACAGUGAAUAUAAAACGAGAGAAACUGACAAGGAGAGAGGAAGCAGCAGCAGCAAGGACAUGGAGAGACUCGCCCGAAGAGAAAGUGACAGAACGGAGAGAUCGAGGAGGCCAGAGGAGGAGCGAGGGGUGAAAGACUGGAGGGCUGACAUGAGCAGAGAGGAGAGGAGAGGGAGCAAAGAAGGGAGGGAGAGAGGGACGAAACAAGAGGACCCGGGAAAGAGAGAGUCCCAGCGAAGCCACCAGAGGAGUCACCACAGGAGAGAGCAGGAGGAGAAGCGAGGGAGCCGGGUGGAGAGCGCGAGGAGGCAGUUUGAGAGAGCGGGGGGCGAGGGGGGGCAGCAGCAGCAGCAGCAGGAGGAGGAGGAGGAGGGGAGGAAGAGGAGAGAGGAUGGAGGGAGUCGGAGGAGGGACAGAGAGAAGAGGGGAAGUGAGAGAAUCAGAGAGGACGAACGAGCAUCCAGACCUGGAUCCGGAGCUCUGCUGGACGACGGACUCUAUAUUUAGUUUCAAUGGACGAGGACAAAAAUCAACACUUUAUUUAUUGUGAACAACUCAAACGACAAAGACGACAAAAAACUCAACUUGACUUAAACUUGUUUCUUAACAGAGGGAUUUAGAAACAUGAGAGAUUUCACCUGGAAGACACAGAUUUCACAGAUUUCUCAGCCACCGAACCAGAUUGGAAACUCCACCUCCUUGAUAAUGGAUUACACAGGAGGAACUUUCUUUCUACUGCACAAAAACUCUUAUUGAAUGUUGUUGAUGUUCUGCUGAUGAGUUUUACUUUGAAUAUAAUGUGUGGAUGUGGAACGAGAAGCUGCUCUUUACACUAAUACUUCACUCCUGUAGUCGUGGAGGAAGCAGAUGAAACAGGAAUCACUGUGUGGCCUUUUAAAGCUUCUGCUUUUAGAAUUUAGUUUAUGUUUAGAUAGUCAGUAAAUAUUCUAAAGUCAGACAUUUUCAAAAAUCGUUUAAAAAAGUUCAACAUCGUCUUCUUCUUUUUGUUUUUCACUGCUGAACCUCGAGUUGAUUUGUAUAAAACACUUUUUUGCCAAAACAUCUCUAGAGAAAUCAGAUUUCUUCAAAACUUUCUGACUUGAAAUGGUGUAAUUUGACAGCUCAGAGGCUCCUAGUGUUUUGUUUACUGCUCAUAAUGAUGAUUUACUAAUGUUGUGCAAUAAUAACACUUGUAAAAUGAAUGAAUUAUGAGUUCAAAUCUGUUGUUUCACAGUGUUUCACUCCAGCUGCUUCCUGCAGGAGCUCAUCUGGAGAACGGGUCUGGAUCCAGGUGCCAUGUCGCACUUUGUCCGUUUACACUACUGAGGUUUUAAUAUUUUCACUGUGUGUAUUUUUUUAUAUGGGUACUGAACAUUACGGUGCUGGUUUCUUAUUGAAUAAAUAAAUUAUUAGCCAUUGAAA